AGAGAGUGUCUUUCAGAGCGAAGUGACGACACCAUCUUUUUUAUUUGGAUUAGUUCUGUUUCACUCUUACGCAUAGUAAAGCUGCUACAGUUGUCCUCCUCUUCCGUGCCUAUAUUCACACUGAAUGUCAUCAUAGAUUUUCGAUACAAUGUGUUAGAAAGAGAUGCAGCAAACCAGUCCAUGGGAUCUUGUCGUCAGGAAGCGCGGAAGGUAGGCUCCCUCUAUGGUUUAUUUAUGUCUAUGUCUAUCUUCAUCUUCACUUCAAUUUUCAUAUUUUCAAUUUCAAUAAUCAAUAAUAAUUUUAGCUAUGCGCUAUGCUUUUAUUUACUUUUUGUGUUAAAUUAUUUUUGAUAAUAUGGAAGUAAAACAAGGAGUUGGUGAUGAUACGUAUCAAGCAAAAAAAUAUAAUGCUGUUGAUAAUACUUCUUUGGCGAUUUGUAAAAUUGAAAUUAAAGAGGAACCUCUAAGGGAGAGUGCACAUGAUACAUUUGAAUAUGUAGCCGUAAAGAAACUUCCCAUAAAUACUGAAAUAGCACAAGAGGAAUAUCAACUGAUGUCAGAAGACAUUAAAGACUUUAAAGAAAAACAAACAAAUCUAGGAGGCUUUCCUCAAGAGAACACAUCGGAAAGUAUGAAAACAAUACUCGUACAUACAUGUAAUAAAGAAAAACAUAUGGGUCAACCUAUUGAAGAAACUACAUUAAAAUGUGAAAUUUGUGUUAAGCAGAUUGCCCAUAUAAGUUCAUUAAAUAAACAGAUGAAAAUUCAAAAUGAAGAAAAACCACACAAGUGUGAAAUUUGUCUUAAACAGUUUGGUAAAAAAAGUUUGAAAAUACAUAUGAGAUUGCACACUGGAGAAAAACCUUACCAGUGUCAAAUUUGUUUAAAGCAGUUCGCACUAAACGAUACUUUUAAAAAACAUUUGAGAGAGCAUACUGGAGAGAAACCUUAUAAGUGCGAAAUUUGUUUCAAACUGUUUGCUCGAAAAGCUAAUUUAAAUGAACAUAUAUAUGUUCACACUGGAGAAAAACCCUACAAGUGCGAAAUUUGUUUUAACCAGUUUAACCAAAACGGUACUUUGAAAAAACAUAUGAGACUGCACGCUGUAGAACCACUUUACAAGUGUGAAAUUUGUUUGAAACAAUUUACUUUAAUGGAAAGUCUGAAAAAGCAUUUUAGAUUGCAUACUGGAGAAAAGCCUUACCAGUGUGAACUUUGUUUUAAGCAAUUUAGUCAAACCGGAAGUUUGAAACGACAUAAGAGAUUACACACUGGAGAAAAACCCUACAAGUGUAAAAUUUGUUUUAAGCAAUUUAUUGAAACGGGAAGCCUGAAAAAGCAUUUGAGAUUGCACACUGGGGAAAAACCUUAUGAGUGUGAGAUUUGUUUUAAGCAAUUUAGUGAAACGGGAAAUCUGAAAAAGCAUUUGAGAGUGCACACUGGACAAACGCCUUACACAUCUGAAAUUUCUUUUACGCAAUUUACUCAAAGAAAUUCUUUAGAUGAACAUUCACACAUUCAAACUGGAGAAAAAUCAUAAAAGUGUGAAAUUUGUUUUAAGCAAUUCGCAAUAAAAGGUAUAGGGGAGUCAAUGGAGUUUUUGCUAACGGAAAAAAUCAAACAAGAGAGAACUUUUUGUAAUUUCAUUAAGAAAUGUUUAAUAAACAAAAAAUUUUUAUUAUUA